AUGUCCAUCAACAAUAUCCCAGACGCAUUUGACGAAUAUUUCAAGCAACCCCCCACUCCUGGAACAUUCAAACCUUUUUGCAACGAGCCGAACAUCAGAACCCUCAUUCACGAUAUCGAUCCGCAACGCAGUAAACGCGCUGGCGAGCUGCUAAGGAAGUGGUCCGCCAAGGGUCACAAGUCUGAUAAGGCACUCGCAAAACGAUUUCACACCGCUGCACAGUCGCCUCGCCCCAAAAGCAAAGUCUUCAUUAAUCGCACCCAAAUAGAAACCAACUUGGGAAAGGUCUACACAGGCCGUAUUUUGAAACUCAAGAAGCCUCGCAACAAGAAGGCAGAUACCCCUGAUACGUCGGUCGGUAGCGCUGAUACGUCGGUCGGCUGCACUGAUUCUCCACCUGACUCCACCGAAUCUGCUGAACCUGACACCAUAUAUCUGAUGGAAUUGGACCCCGCAGAAAAAUUGUGUUUACCUACUGGAAAAUACCUCGAGGACAUCAUUCUUAGAUAUGCCCGAAGUGUAGAGGCUCUGGACUUGAGCCAUUGGCGCAUUAUAGACUCUGCUGAUAUUGAACUUCGCGCAAUACUCCACCGUCACCUGUGGGAGUCACUUCCCGAACUUAAUGAAGAUUAUCCCCAAUGCCCGGCUUGGUUCUCGGCCCAUGCUGAUAAAUAUAAAAUGGUGCGAGAUCUUCCUGCAUCAUAUCGUAUCUCUCCUCACUCACUCCCAUUUACUCAGUCAACCGCUUGGGCGAAGGGGCCUGGGAAGGUAUAUAUUGGAACAUUAUUGACCUCUCUUUCACGAACCUGCCUGAUUUAUGGCUUCAAAGACGCGACAUACCUCUAUCUUGUGCAGCAACUGAUACCACGCUUCUUGUUGACGCCGCCUACCGCCAUGACGGUGUUAUUCUCACACGACAGCUUGGUCAUCUCCCCCAGGUUCUGGAGUUUGGCGCCAUUGAAGUGUCCAGGCGAUGGGAAGGUUGUCCAUCAUGACGCAGAAACUGUGAAGAAACUUUCAGUUGUUGGCAUUAUCCAAGCCGGCCCCAACACUAUGGUGUUUAUCAUGCGCUGUGUUGGACCGAACCUUUACACCCUUCGUCGCGGCUCCCGCCAUUCUCUUCCUAACCACAUUGCGCACAUUCAUACAUUGGACCGUGUUUUGGCUGCAAUCUGGAUUGCUCGGGAAUGUAUUCAAAACUCUUACCGCGCAGUUUCGGAAUAUAUGGCCCACCCUGGCUCACAACGCUAUUCUAAUUCUAUGAACUCUCCUUCGUUUUUGUGA